AUGGGUAGGGUCAUUCGGGCACAGAGGCGUUCUCACGCAAUCUUCAAGGCGCAUACCCACCACAACAAAGCGCCAGCGCGAUUCCGCCCCCUCGACUUCGCGGAGCGCAAUGGAUACAUCAAGGGCAUCGUAAAGGAAAUCAUCCAUGAUGCUGGUCGCGGAGCCCCCCUCGCCCGCGUCGUCUUCCGUGAUCCCUACCGUUAUAAGCUGCGUAAAGAGACAUUCAUCGCGACAGAAGGCCUGCACACCGGCGCGUUCGUCUACUGCGGGAAGAAGGCGACGCUCGCCGUCGGCAACGUGCUCCCCGUGUCGCAAUGCCCCGAGGGUACGAUCGUGAGCAACGUGGAAGAGAAGACUGGUGACCGUGGUGCGUUGGCACGGACGUCAGGCAACUACGCGACUGUCAUCGGUCACUCGGCGGACGAGAACAAGACGCGCGUCCGCCUGCCGAGCGGUGCUAAGAAGACCAUAUCAGGCAGCUGUCGUGCGACCAUUGGCAUCGUCGCCGGUGGAGGACGUAUCGACAAGCCCUUGAUGAAGGCUGGUCGUGCGUACCACAAAUACAAGGCCAAACGAUACAGCUGGCCUCGUACUCGUGGUGUUGCUAUGAACCCCGUCGACCACCCUCACGGUGGUGGUAACCAUCAACACAUCGGUAAAGCCUCGACAAUCGCGCGCUCCGCCGUUCCCGGUCAGAAAGUCGGUCUUAUUGCCGCCCGCCGGACUGGUCUCCUGCGCGGUACCGUCAAAGUCAAGGAGGUUUAA